AGGGAGAGAGAUAAAAGUGUGAGGAAAGGGAAGAAUCUAUUCUAUACCCCCCAUAAAACAACUGUCUUUUUCAUCAUGGAAAUAAGAAUAAAGAAUCCUCUUCCUUCAGAUCAAAAUUUGAAUCAUCUUUGGACAAAGGCUAAGAAUCAAUCUAUUUUUGUAAAGCCAUGGCCUCAGGAAGAAAAGCAUUGCAUCAUUCAAAUGAUUUCCUGCUCCUAUUUUUGGCCUACAAAGUAUUACAAUAUCACAUAAGCCAACAACCCCACCCUCUUUUUCUACAAAAGGAACUCUCUUUUUCUUCUCCUUUUGCCCCUCCUCACAAAUGACCACUUAUUCCCUUUUCUUCUGCUUCUUUUUUCCCUUCUGUGCUAUCUUCCUAAAUGCAGUGGAUGCAACUUGGACAUAUGGAGUGAAUUAUGGAAGAAUAGCAGAUAAUUUACCACCACCUGAAAGUGUGGUAACACUUUUGAAAGCUGCAAAGAUAAAGAACAUCAGAAUUUAUGAUGCUGAUCAUGGAGUCCUCACCGCCUUCAAAGGUUCCGGUAUCGAGAUUGUAGUCGGGCUCGGCAAUGAAUUUCUCAAAGACAUAAGCGUCGGGGAGGAUCGCGCUAUGAACUGGAUUAAAGAGAAUGUCCAACCAUUUCUCCCCGACACUCAUAUACGAGGGAUUGCGGUUGGGAACGAGGUUUUGGGGAAUCCUGAUGUUGGGCUGUGGGAGGUCCUUUUGCCUGCAGCUAAAAAUGUUUACAAUGCUCUUUAUAGGCUUCAAUUGACAAACAUUGUGCAAGUUUCAAGUCCACAUUCAGAAGCUGUUUUUGCAAACUCAUUUCCACCUUCAUCCUGCAUUUUCAGGGAAGAUAUUGUGCCAUUUAUGAAGCCUCUUUUGCAAUUCUUCUCCCUAAUUGGCUCCCCUUUCUUCAUUAAUGCAUAUCCCUUCUUGGCUUACAAGAAUGACCCUGAACAUAUUGACAUCAACUAUGCACUCUUCAAGAAGAACAAAGGGAUCUUCGAUGCGAAAACCAAUCUGCAUUACGAUAACAUGUUCGAGGCUCAAGUUGAUGCGGCUUACGCUGCACUCGAAAAGGCUGGCUACCCAAAGAUGCCGGUCAUUGUCUCAGAGACUGGUUGGGCUUCUCAUGGGGAUGAGAACGAAGCUGGUGCUACCUUGAAAAAUGCAAGGACGUACAAUCGAAAUCUACGAAAGAAGCUGAUGAAGAAGAAGGGAACUCCUUUCCGGCCAAAAACCGUGGUGAGGGCUUACGUUUUUGCUCUGUUUAACGAGAACUCGAAGCCGGGACCAACAUCCGAGAGGAACUUUGGGCUGUUCAAGCCGGAUGGCAGUAUUUCAUACGAUAUUGGCUUCACAGGACUCAAACCUUCCUCUGCAGGACCCUCAUCCCUUCUCUCUUUUAAGAAACUUGGAAUUGGAGGCUGGUUUGGCUGCUCAUAUUCAAUGGUUCUCACAGCCUCCGCUGCUAUUCUGAUGCUGAUUCUUGCAUCAUAGAAAAGAGCUUCAAUGACAUCAAAAACCAGCUCAAGAUCAAGCAGUCUGCAAAAACUUACCAUUACAAUUCUUCUUCAAUUCUUUGAGUAAACAGUGAUUAUUUUAAUUUUUAAAAAGGCCAACUGAUUGAUUUUUCUUUUUCUUUUUCAUUUUUUUUUCUUCAACACAACAUUUCAGCAAUGUAACAAAUUCCACUCUCUAAUACUAUAUCUGGUGUUCCAGUUAAGC